GUACAACUAUGAACUGCUGUGGUCUGCUAACUUCCCAAAAGGAACCAGUUCCUCUGAAGAGCGUGGAGGUGGAGCUGGAGGUGAGGGACCAUGUGGCUACAGUGGUGUCCACUCUGAACUAUGAGAACAAGGAGGACAAACCACUAGAGGCUGUUUUUGUCUUCCCUCUGCCUGGAGAUGCCGCUGUCUGUCACUUCAGUGCCAAGAUUGGACAGACACAGAUUGUAGCUGAGGUGAAGGAGAAACAGAAGGCUCGUGAGGAGUACGAUGAUGCUCUGAGCUCCGGUCAGCAGGCCUUCCUGUUGGAGGAGAGUGAGCAGAGUCCAGAUAUAUUCUCUCUGAGUGUGGGCAGUCUGCCUCCAGGAGAGAGCGCCUCCAUCAGGCUGGAGUACGUCACUGAGCUGGCUGUGCAGGCCGAUGAAGGGCUGAGGUUUAUUCUGCCUGCUGUGCUCAACCCUCGCUACCAACCACAGGGUAGUGAAGGUGGCAGUGUCCAGGUGACCUCUGUUCCAGCCUCUCUGGUGCCCUACAGUCUGUCUUUCUCUGCCCGAGUGUCCUCUCCUCGUCCAGUCUCUAAAGUAGAGUCCAACUGUCCCCUGGACCCUCUCCAGUACCUCAACACAGAGCAGAGCCAGGCCACGGUCAAGUUGGCUGCAGGACACAAGUUUGACAGAGAUGUUGAGCUGCUGAUUUAUUACAAAGAUGCCCACCAGCCCACUGCUGUGGUGGAGGCAGGACAGGCCUCUGCCAAGCCUGGCUCUCUGAUAGGGGAUCCAGUAGUGAUGCUGAGCCUGUACCCUGAGUUCCCUCAGGCUGUCAUGUCUUCACUCGCCUCAUGUGGAGAGUUUGUGUUCUUAUUGGAUCGAUCUGGCAGUAUGGAUGGGCCAUGUAUAAAGAGUGCCAGGGAUACUCUGCUGCUCCUGUUGAAGAGUUUACCAAUGGGCUGCUAUUUCAACAUCUACAGUUUCGGGUCCAGCCAUGAACACAUCUUCCCUAAGAGUGUGGAGUACAGCCAGGAGACCAUGGAAGAGGCUCUGAAGAAAGUUGAAGAGAUGAAUGCUAAUCUGGGAGGAACAGAGAUCCUGAAGCCCCUAAAAGAUAUUUACAGCCAGCCCUGCAUUCCCAAUCAACCCAGACAACUAUUUGUCUUUACUGACGGAGAGGUGGGGAACACCAAAGAAGUCAUAAAUCUGGUGAAGAAGAAUUCAGGUUCCCACAGGUGCUUCUCUUUUGGGAUUGGGGAAGGGGCCAGUUCUGCUCUUAUCAAUGGGUUGGCCAAGGAAGGAGGAGGUCACGCUCAGUUCAUCACAGGGACUGACAGGAUGCAACCUAAAGUGAUGCAGUCGCUGCGUUUUGCUCUGCAACCAGCUGUGGUGGACAUCUCAGUCACGUGGGAUUUACCAAAGGGAGUCUCUGUCACUGCUCUGUCUCCACCAAUCACAGCACUUUUCCAGGGUCAAAGGUCACUGAUUUAUGGCCAGCUCACUGGACAGAGUUCAGAGGCAGCAGAGGGCUGUGUGACGGUGAAGUACAGCCUGGCAGGCCAUCCCUCUCAGAACCAGCUGCACUUCAGUCUCCAACCUGCAGAGGACACUGGACUAACAGUCCAUAGGUUGGCUGCUCGGACUCUGAUUCGCUCCCUGGAGAUGGAGGAGACAGAGCGCAGAGGAGAGCAAGAUGAAGGAGUGAAGAAGAAGAAGGUGGUGGAGCUCAGUGUCCAAUCAGGAGUGAGCAGUGCCUUCACUUCCUUCAUUGCUGUCAACAAAGGCAACGGCGAGACCAUUCAAGGACCUCUGGUGCGCAGAAAUGUUCCAACACCCAGAAAUUGCAGAAUGUAUCAUCAAACUAUGGCUAUCAGGAUGAGGUCAAAAGGAUGUGUGGUAAAAGAUGAGGCUCCCAGCAGCCCAGGGUUUCGCUCUAAUAUGAAGAAGAAGCUAGGUUUCUUCAAGCGAACCCAGUCUGAGGCUGACCAUCUGCCUCCACAGUCAGAUGGUCAGCAUGUUAAUGAUGCUUCAUCUUCCUCAGCAAAUAGCUCUCCCCAGCAGCCACCCAGAGACCCUCUGCUGCAGCUGGUCUCCCUCCAGAAGGCGUCUGGCUGCUGGGUGCUGGAUCCAGCUCUGGCUGCUGCACUGGGAAAGACCAGCGAGGAGGUGGAAAAGCCCAAACCUGCAUCAGUUAAUGAGGAAGUGUGGGCCACCGUUCUGGCUCUGAUCUGGCUUCAUGGUUUCAAGAUGGACGCUCAGGAAGAGUGGGAGCUUCUGGCUAUGAAGGCUACGUCAUGGCUCCGUGCUCAGAAUGCACCGUGUGUGACCGAGUGUGUGGACGCUGGAAACUCUCUGCUGGGUUGUAAGGUGCAGAAAGACGUCCUGGGCCUCUGAAGUUUUCAUUAAAGUGCCUUCUCCUUCAGGAUUGCUGCACAGAAGCAGAUUCACUCCAACUUAUAAUAUUUACUCAACAAAAUUGCACGUUUGCACUAUUUACAUUUAAUUAUGCAGCUGUUUGUACAGGCCCUUGGAAAUAAAUUGAUUAGACAAUACUUUGUACUAUUUUAUGUAAAAAUGUGUAUUUGUAACAUCCAUUAUUACUGCAUCCAUCAAGGGUCAGACAUGUAACGCAGAGUUGUUCUUUUGCUUUUAACCUUAAUGUCAGGUUGUAUAAUGGAUCAGUGAAAAUAAAACCUGGAAUUCUGAUAAAGGAUAUUUGAAUGUGGAAAUAAGAGCACUUCAGCCUCAUGUGUGACGUGUGCACAGGCACACAAAAUAUGCCAU